AUGCACGAGGGACUGUCCACGACUCAGAAGGAAGGUUCUAUCGCCUUGUACCAAAACAUUGUUUUGAAGUUGACCACCGAGUACUCUCAGCCAAUCAACGAUUUGCCGCUUCUCUACCGUGCCUUGAGAAAAACCUUUAUCGACUACCCUAUCUUGCUUACUAAUGUGUUCGACAGAGAGGAUGCCGAGGGCGAAUACAGCAUCUUCAAGAUUAUCGAGAAGCCUGUCAAGUUUUCUGACGUAGUCUCUGUCAGACCUGGUGCCUCUGAGAAACAAUCUCCCGACAUGGAACUCAGAGCCAUGGCGGGUGACAAGCCGAGAAUCUCGGAAGCCUACAUGAAGGAGGUAUACGAAACUCGCUUCACCUUGAACCUCGAGGAUCAGAUUUUGCUCAAAGUGCUUGUAGUUGACCAGUUCAACCUUACGUUUGUUUUUGAACACAUAUAUUCUGACGGGGUACCUGGCAUUUACUUCAAUCAGUUGUUCGUCGAGAAUUUGGCCUGGGUGAGCGACACCAAGAACGAUGCGGAAUAUGUCAAAAAGUACGGGUACUUAGGCGGAAGCAACAGAGAUGUCGGCUUGGAUGCUAUUCUUUUCGAUUUCAGCACCGAUAAGGGUUUAAUCCUGCGCCCUUUGCCCCCUCUGCUUGAUAAUUACCUCCCACCGCUUGAUCUCGACUACUCAAACAACGAUCCCAACUACUUUGACAAACAGAUUCCGUUGUCUGAAUCGGGAAAACCGUUGAAGAAAUGGCCUGGUCUCUUUCCAACCACCGGUAAUUUCAAGUCUGCCUUCCACUUAAUCAACUUGACCCCCGAGGAAACUAGCAGAGUAGCAGCCACCUGUCGCGCCCACCAGGUUUCGGUGACAUCCUUUUUGAAGGUGGUUCAGACUUUAUCUUUAUACAGGAUCUUUGGGGACGAAUACUACACUACCCAAAGAGUGGCCGUUAACAUGAGAAGACACCUCUACCUGCUCAAGCCGGAAGAUUUUCCUCCUAACGACGCGAUCUUGCCCUAUCUAGAAGACCCGACAUUGCGCUUCUGGGGCUGCUGCGCUCAUGCGGGGCUCGCUGAGCCAAUGGCUCCCGUCAAGAACUUUUCCUGGAAAACUGUCCAGAAGAUUCAUGGCCACUUGCAAGAGAAUAUUGUCAAUGACAAAUUAAACAAUACGCAUACUGAUUUUUUGAACCACAAGGAUGCGGGUCGAGAUGAGGAGUUUUUCACCCGUGGUUUAAAUAAGCCAAGACCGGAUGCGGUCAAGAUCUCCAACUUAGGGCUUGUCAAAACUCCAGUAUACAAGGUAGGCCCUGAAGCUACCCCAUGGACGAUUGAAAACAUGGUCUUUUCGCAGGAUUGUGGUGUCAUGGGGUCGGACUUCUUGCUCUGUAUAUUGUCUACCAAGAAAGGCGGGUUAAACAUUGUUCAGACAUUUAUUGACACCUACGAGCCGGACAAGGAGAGCGCCGAGAAGUACAGGCACUUGACGGGUAAAAACUUGGCCUGGAUUCCGGUUCUUUUCAAGGAAAAUAUUCUCAAGUACGGGGUGGAAGAGCAAAAGGCGGUUUUAUAA